GGCAACGUUAACAGCUGUCGUGUGAUCAGCUGAGCAGAGAGGAUCUCUGCAGAGGGUAAAUAUCAAAGCGUCUUAGAAUUUUCUAGACGUACUCGGAUAUAACAAUUUUAUCAAGAAGUUUGUCAAAAAAAGGAUGUUACUAUAGAGUCAUUUGCCGCGCAAGAGAAACCAUGUCGGGAAACAACUUGGUUCUACCCAUAGUGCUGUGGGGCCGCACGGCGCCCACUCACUGCAUCUCCAGCCUGCUGGUGAUGGAUGACCUGGCCACCAUCAUCACUGGGUGCCACGACGGACAAAUCUGCAUCUGGGACAUGACCUCUGACCUGGAGAUCUGCCCCAGGGCCAUGCUGUUUGGCCACACUGCCUCCAUCACAUGCCUGUCCAAAGCCAGUCCAGGCAGCGACAAGCAGUACAUCGUCAGCGCCUCAGAGAGCGGGGAGAUGUGCCUGUGGGACGUCAACGACGGCCGCUGCAUCGAGUUCACCAAGCUGGCCUGUGCCCACACCGGCAUCCAGUUUUACCAGUUCGCCAUCGGGACGGAGCGCGAGGGCCGCCUGCUGUGCCACGGCCACUACCCCGAGAUCCUGGUGGUGGACGCCAGCAGCCUGGAGGUGCUCUACUCCCUCGUGUCCAAGAUCUCCCCCGACUGGAUCAGCUCCAUGAGCGUCAUCCGCUCCCACCGCACGCAAGAGGACACCGUGGUCGCUGUGUCGGUCACUGGGAUACUGAAGGUGUGGAUCAUCACCGCUGACGUCAGUAGGAUGCAGGACCUGGACCCUGUGUUUGAGGAGGAGUCCAAGCCCAUCUACUGCCAGGGCUGCCAGAGCAUCUCCUUCUGCACCUUCACACAGCUGUCCCUGCUGGUGGUGUGCUCCAAGUACUGGAGGGUUUUGGACGCGGGAGACUACUCCCUGCUGUGCUCGGUGCCCAGCGAGAACGACCAGGCGUGGACAGGGGGCGAGUUCAUCGCCGCCGACAAGGUCAUCGUGUGGACGGAGGACGGCUGCAGCUACAUCUACAAACUCCCCGCCAGCUGCCUGCCCGCCAGCGAACACUUCCGCAGCGACGUGGGCAAGACCACCGAGGGGUCCAUCCCGCCUCUCGUGUACAGCAUCGCCGACCGCUCCGACAAGCAGCUUCUCAUCUGCCCCCCGGUGACGUGCUUCUUCUACGGCCGCCGCGAGCCCUUCCACAAGCUGCUGGUGCAGGGGGACUCUGCCGGACGCCUCUCCCUGUGGAGCAUCCCCGACGCCUCCCCUCCGCAGCCCCCGGCCUCCGCCACAGGUAGGCCCUCCCUCUCUCCCCCGAGUCCUCACACGGAACACGUCCAACACGUGGAGUCAGGUGGUUGAACGGUGAGGGAAUCGGGCUUGUAAUCUGAAGGUUCCCAGGUCAAUUCCCGGCCGAGUCAAAUUACUUUGUGUCCUUGAGCAAGGCACUUCACCCUAAUUGCCUCAGGGGGAAUGUCCCUGUACUUACUGUAAGUCGCUCUGGAUAAGAGCGUCUGCUAAAUGACUAAAUGUAAAUGUAACCCCGUGCUAUUGUGUUUGACGUCUCGAGUGUGUGUUGAGGGACUCGUUUUAUGCCGACCCGUUAAUGCCUUCGCUUCGUCUGCCGAUUGUUUGCGGGGGUUACCCGUCCAUCACUAG